ACCAAAUCCUCAUUCUCAAGUCAUUUCUUAAGUCGAUUCUUACUACAAAGUACAAACUAACAAACCAUUUUUAUUCCAAAAAGUCUCCGGUCAUCUUUUUACUUCCGGUGAGAAGAAUGGCGUCUCCGACCACUUUCCUUUUCCCUUUCAAAGUCGCUUUAAUCGCCACCGGCGCCAUUUCCAUAGCUUUGGCAGUUAAAUUUUCGGUGCCGCUAAUAAUAGGUUUUUGCUUAUACGACGUCCCAAUCUUGUGGACCUCUUUUCAGGCAUGGCUAAAGCCACCUUACCUCUACUUCAUCAUCAACGGUAUAAUCAUCAUAAUCGCCGCAACUUCCAAGUUCAGUAAUCAGAUUCAUCAUCCUCAGGUCAACAUCCCGGCGACCGGUCAACCACCGGUGCAGUAUAUCACGAUCAGAGCGCCUCCACCGUCGGAUGUAGUGGCGUCAGUGGUGUUGACUAGUGAAGCGGCUCCAGCUCCGGCUCCGGCAGCGGUGGAGGUGGGCCAGGUGUAUGACUAUGUGGCUGAGGAAGAUGAGAGUGAAGAAGCUAAAGUUGUUGAACUGAAACCGGUGGUGGUCAACGGGAUUAAACAGCUAGGAUGGGAAAGAGUUGACUGGGAGGACGGCGACAAUGACGACAACGUGGCAAAUUGUGGUGCAUGGAUUGUACCCAAGGCUGAUAUCGUUCCGACACCGGAGAUUAACUUUGAAGACGUGACUCCAUUGGAAUUUGUAUCGCCGCCGGUGAAAGAGAAGCCGUUAGUUUUAUCCAGCUUCAGUCAUAUUCCCAAACCUACCAUCACCAACCCGCCUGAAGGUGGAAGAGCGGUAAGAGUAGUUGGGAGGCGAAGGAAGCAGCAGCAGCAGCAAGCGGAGGAGCACGAUACAAUGGAGAACACGUGGAAGAUGAUCACCGAGGGCCGCCGUGUCUUGCCGGUCCCGGUGAAGAGGCAACUCACGAAAUCUGACACGUGGGACGGCAAUCACGGUGGCGGAGUGGUGGUGAACUCCCUGGACCUGGAUCUUCUAGACCUGGCUCCUCCGCCGCGACAAGUGCCGAAAUCGGCUACCUUCAGAGACCGCACCAAUUACUAUGACUCCCUGACGGCGCCGCCGCCGCCGCCGGCCGGUAAGAUUAGGAAAGAGCCGUCACUGACUCCGGAGGAGGUAAAUCGCCGAGCGGAAGAGUUCAUAAGGAAGUUCAACGAGGAGAUGAGGUUGCAGAGGCAGGAAUCUCUUAACAAGUAUAUGGAGAUGAUUAACCGUGGGACCUAGCUAAUUUAACUCUAUUUUGUCCUUUCCCUUAAUAAUAUUUUCAUAGGGAAAGCGGAAUUUCUUCAAGUAAGAGUACAAAAGAAGAAAAAAAAAAUGGUUUGCCAAUAGAUAGAUAGAUUAGGAGUCUUUUUUGCUGACUUUUCCCCCCCACAUAUUUUAGUAGUGGGGAAUUAGGUUGAUGAGUUAAUUAGAUGGAGUGGUGGAUAGACGAAAAUAGGGUUUGUUUAUUGUAAAUGAUCAUACAAAAAAGAUGGAAUGGAAUACUAAUGUCAGUGUAUAAUUGUAAUUAUGAAAGAUUUUCGCACUAAUUUCAAUAUUUCAAUUCUAUAUCGAUACAAUUUCCGAGUGGA